AUGGGAACAGAUGGUCCAGGCAGCCACGGUCUGGAGGGACCAAUGGGAACGCAGCGUGGGAGCAGUCAGGUCGCGGCUCGACUAUCGGACCCGACAGGCCAUGUGAGGCGAGGAACCAAUCACACGUCGGUGAGGGCAGAGCUGGGCGCCGUCGGCCACCUCCAGGCAGAGAUGCUUCAUUUGGACCUCAUAGACGGUGCUGAGGGCUUCCGCGGCGAUCAGGAGACAUUGAAGGCGUCCGCCAUCGCCCCCCCGCCGGCCACCAAGGACCCUGCAGCGCCUGUGACCAUGGACACCUACCGGCCCAAGAGACCUACGACCCUUAACCUCUUUCCAAUCGUGCCACGCACACAGGACACGUUAAACAACAACUCCUUCGGGAAGAAGUACAGUUGGCAGGAGAAGGUGUCCGGCUCCUCGUCGCCUCUGAAACCAGGUGAGCUCACCCCCCCGCACGAGCACAGCUGUCUGAGCGACGAGGACAAGGUGCAGGGCGGCGGAGCACAGACCAAAGACCGGGGGACCUCCACCGACGGGCCCUGCAGACACGGCUCCGGACACUCGCACGGCUCCACCACGGCCGCGGUGACGCGCUCCAAACUGCAGGAGAAGCCACCGGCUCCCCCGCCACCGCAGAACUACACCCCGGCUCCCCUGUAUCCUGCAGGGAAGGUCGAUGGAACUGGGAACCACCGGGAGAGGAUCCGCUACCACACGGAGGUUCACGUGGAGCCCACGGAGGAGAUCUAUCUGACUCCUGUGCAGCGUUCUGACGAAUCUCUAGAACCGCCGACCACUCAGGACCGGCCUUAUCUCUCCCAGCAGACCGAGCAGGGCCGUAUGUCCAUCAGCUCAGACACUGAGGGCCCGCCUCCCUACCAGCCCCUCCCAGAUCGGACAAACCCCUCCAUCUACGAGGAGGACGAGGUCUACGUCCCCCCCCCCUCGUAUGCGUCCUGUGUAGAGUCCCUCAUCACGCCGCCCAGCAUGGCUCUCUCAGCUCGCUCCUCCCUCGCCCUGGACCUCAGCUUGAAGGGGGCAGGGACGGGGGCCGGGGCUGUGCUGAGAGCAGGGUCCUCGGUGGAAUAUGUGGACGCCACAGAUGAAAGCUACUGUGGAGAGGACGAGGACGUGGACAGGAUAAUAAUGGACGGGAGAAUGAGGAAGCGCGUAGGAAAAGGAGGAGGCGGUGGCAGAUCUGCCCCGCCAAGGACUUCCAUGAGCUCGGAGGCCAGCGGCCUUUCGUAUGACUCAGUCAAAUACACGCUGGUGGUGGACGAGCACGCUCAGCUGGAGCUGGUCAGUCUCCGUCAGUGCUACCAAGGCUACAGUGACGACAGCGACACGGCCACCAUCUACGACAACUGCGUCUCCUCGCCCUACGAGUCGGCCAUCGGCGAGGAGUACGAGGAGGACGAGGAGGACGAAGAGGACGAGGAGGACGAGGAGGACGGGGCUCAGAUGGGAGGAGUCAGGAGAGAGGCCACCGCUCGUCUCUCUGAAGACUCCACACCUGAGGCCGACCUGCACUUCUCCAAGAAGUUCCUCAAUGUCUUCAUGAACGGACGCUCCAGCUCCUCCAGUGCAGAGUCCUUUGGUUUAUACUCGUGUGUCAUAAACGGCGAGGAGAAGGACCAGAGCCACAGAGCCGUGUACAGAUUUGUCCCUCGCCACGAGGACGAGUUGGAGCUGGAGGUGGACGACCCGCUGCUGGUGGAGGUCCAGGCGGAGGAUUACUGGUACGAGGGCUACAACAUGCGAACUGGUGCCCGUGGGAUCUUCCCGGCCUACUAUGCUAUAGAAGUGACCAAGGACACGGAGAGCUUCAAAGGAACCGAAGUGAAGAGCAGUGAGUGGAUGGACAGAUACCGGCUGAAGUUCCUGGGCUCGGUCCAAGUCCCCUACCACAAAGGAAAUGAUGUUCUGUGCGCCGCUAUGCAGAAGAUUGCCACCAACAGAAGGAUGACAGUGAAGUACAACCCACCGUCCUCCUGCAUCCUGGAGAUCAGCGUGAAAGGCGUCAAACUGGCAGUUCAAGAGGAUUAUUACGCUUGUGACCGAAGUAAUGAGUGCAGCCACUUCUUCCAGUUAAAGAACGUCUCCUUCUGCGGCUUUCACCCCAAAAACAGCAAGUAUUUCGGAUUCAUCACGAAACAUCCGGCAGACCAGAGAUUCGCCUGCCACGUGUUUGUGUCUGAGAACUCCACGAAGCCCCUGGCCGAGUCAGUAGGGAAAGCCUUCCAGUUGUAUUAUAAGGAAUUUGUGCAGUUAUCGUGCCCGACAGAGGACAUCUACUUGGAAUAGCACUGCCCUGCCUUCAGCCACAGCUCUGUACAUUACACUGUAUCAUACCUUAACGUUGCAUGAGGGACAGAAAUAUUCUAAUUUAAGAUAAAUACAAAAUUAACCCAUCUGACCAACGAGCAGGAGGAUGAAGGAUGGAGUAUUGGAGCAGCGACGGAAAAAAAACCCUGAGGAGAAACAGAAAAUAUGCAAGAUGGAGUCGGCUGCACACGGGGAAGCACAAACACUCGGCAGCGCCUGGAGCCCGGAGCCUCGUUUUUUUCCGGCAGGUGUGGCGCCGAAAAGCCCCGGGGGAAAAGGGACAGCUGAUUUGACUGUCAACACUUAAAGUCUAAAAAAUGAGGGAGGUGUACAUUUACUGAGCGACAUCCUCCCACUGACCACGUGCUCUGUGCUGUAGGAACCCUCUAUCCUUUAACGCCACCUGGAAUAAAGAGGUGAUCCAUCUUAAUCCACCUGAUCCACGAUGUUUCAAAAACAAAAAGAAAACUGCUGGAGGGGAUGUUCUCUGCAUUUUCUUUGGGCUUGACUCAGAUCUUUGUUUUGGACCGAAGGCCGAACCGAAAUGAGAUGAUUUCUGUUACUUGUGUCCCCCAGCUUGUCCCGUUACCGCUGGCCCCUGAGCUGCAGUUGGAGGGAUUCUAAAAAGUAGAACCUCAGCUCAACCUUUGCUAAAAGUAUUGUGUGAUUCAUCACUGCACCUCAAGGAAUCCUGAAUAACCUUUUAAUUCGGCUCCCACGAUAUGCACAGUAAACCUGAAUUUCUCGUUCAAUGCCAGACGCUUCUCUUCCGUGUGUUUUAAUACGGUAUGAAACCAGUGAGGAAGAUCGAUAUCGCCCAACCGAUAUUAGGGGUUAUUCAAUUUCAGACACCGAUAUAUCAAGUCAUAUAUAUGGAUUAAAAAAAAGGUGGUUUUCAUUCAACUUUCAUGACAAAGAAAUUAAAUUGAGGCUCAACGUAGGUACAAUUUUAUCUUUUCUUUUAAGCAUUAUUAAUUCUGUAAAAAUAUCCGUUUUCUUUUCAGCAAACGUAAACACAGAUUCUGAUAUAUCGGUGAAAUACUCACAUCGGCCAAUUUCUUCCAGCCGACCAAUGAAUCUGACUCGACUACUGAAAACAGGAAUAAACAUCGGGUUUAUUAUAGAAGACGUGUGCGUGGAUACACAGAACAGCCUCUGUGUGCUGUGCUGGAAGCUGCC